AUGCCGAGCGACAAUGAGCCGACGGAUCAUGCGGGGAGGUUAGAAGUCAUUCACCAACCCAAAGAUUCCCCCAACAUUGACAUCAUCAUCGUUGAUGGAAUGGGACGAGAUUCGCGUGAACCUUGGAUGACCGACACGACUAAUGAGAAAGAGAGAAAUGCCGUUCUUCAAGAUCUUUAUGUGCAAAUCAAUGCACGCGUCAUGGUUUUCAAUUCCAAAGUGAAUGAUGGCGUUGACUCUCUCCUAACCGAGGGCUUCACUCGGAUUUCUGAAGUGCUCCUAAAGGCACUGUCGCUUCAAAGAUCUGAGAUUGAUAAGAGUCAGAGAACCCCGAUAGCCUUCAUAACGCGUGAUCUUGGCGGAGCCAUCGUGAAAAAGGCUCUUGUCAUGGCUGAGGGCGAUGCAGCCUAUUUUAGCAUCUCGCAGGAUUGCACUUGGCUGAUUUUCAUUGACAUGAUUCAUCGAGCUGCGCCUUCCACUGGUUGGGACAACUUGCUCUCGAAAAUGAUAUUCUCGUCGUCACUGCUGCCUUCUCAAACAAAGAACUUGGCCACUCAACUCCGACAACUUUCAGUCUUCUUUGAAGAUCUAUCGGCCAAUUUCAUCUCGCUCCGUGCACGAAGAUGCAUCAUCAAUGUCUACCAGCGUUUCGAUGACGAAGUAAAAGACGAAGAUUAUAAUUUGCAGCAGGCUAUCAACUACUAUUCGGUUACGACUGGCCUAGUUCAUGAAAUCAAUAUCCCAAUGGAAACAAAAGGCAAGGAUAUCUUCAAGCUCUUAGACGACGACCACGCCAUCUCUACUAUCGCCACUUGCCUUAGAGCAGAAACUGAUGCAAGUCGGUGCUCUUUUGUCACCUUCUUGGGGUCAGUCAUCUCCCAGGUCUUGAAUCAAAAUCCGGAAAGAUACUCUAGGGUUGAAGAUCUCCUCAAGACUAUGCACCUCUCAGAUGCCUGGACGGAAGCUGGCCUUCUUGUGCUGUUCUAUUCUAUUUUGGAUACCGAAAACGGCUUGAAUCCUCUGUACCUAAUUGUGGACGACCUCCAGAGAUGCGAUGCAGCUUCAAAACUUAUCGAGGCGUUAGCGGAAGCUGUGAGCAACAGAAGCUCACUUACAAAGCUUAAAGGAGCCCUAUUCUAUAACACGCAGCGAGACAAGAGCCACUUCAUAGAGGAAGCGCUACAGAAGUUGGACCAUAUUCGCAUGCGUGGACCUGUCCUUACGGUGGACAUGCUCAAACCGUUGGCAGCUAUUCUGGCGAAUCAGAUAAUCAGCAAGUGGCCACAUCUCUUUCAACUCAAGCAGAGCCUCAUUGCAGCCCUAGAAAAAUGCAAGCACACCACGGAAACGCUCCUCAUGAUUCAAGCCCUGUCUGUCAACGAUCCGAAAUCGAACCCUCGUACACCCAAAGUCAUGAAGUCGAUUAUGAGCAGCCCUCAGACGCCCGUAAGGGAAGCCGUCUUCUACACCUUCAACAGCCUUCCAAACUGGGGAAAAGCUGCGUUAGGCUGGAUUGUAUACUCUAGGCGGCCGCUGAGGCUGAAUGAGCUCGCAACCGCAGUAACUCUCACAAAUGAGAGGGCCGAGUUUUCAUCCACCUUCGAUACUGAUGGUCUGCAUAUAGAUUUUGGCUCUGAUUUACAGUUCCUGUUUGGACCCUUGGUGAGGUUCGAAGGGGGAGGGAUAAUCUUCAGCGACACGGCCGUGAGAGACCAGUUUGUCGAAUUGAUUGAAGAGGACCGAAAGCCCAAGUCUUCUACUCAAAACCUGCCGAGGCCUAUAAUACCGGGAGACACAGAAAUCACAGCUAUUCUACUAAGAUACCUCUCUUGGACAAAAUUCACCACUCCCGUGGAGGAGGCGCUCCGGCUAGAGAAGUUCAUACAACCUCAAGGAGAGUUAUUUCAUCUAAUGGCUUAUGCCAUCCAAUUUUUACCCAUCCAUUAUAGGGCCUACAUGAACAGCAAUGAGAGAUUGGAGCCAGCCCAGGACCACCAACUUGUCAUGUGGUCAAAACUGAAUUCCAAGCUAAACAGUAUUCAUUCUCCCCCAUAUAUUAGCACGGUAGACCCGUUGCUACUUGCUUCCCAAUUAGGACUUACUCGGAUCAUCAAAUCAAACGGUAAAGACAUCAAACAUGGUGAUCUCAGCGUCGCCGUCAGCUUGGCUAGUUGGGCUGGGCACUUAGAUACCGUAACGGAACUUCUGGUUGGCGAAUGCGCCGUCUCUGAGGAACCAACCGAAGUUGGAGAAGCUCUAAAGUAUGCAUCAGCACGCGGUCAUGAUGAUAUUGUCGACUUCAUCGUGGCAUACAUGAAAGAAAAAGUGCCCCAGAGGCUGGCUGCCCUGCUUGACCAGCUGCUGUGUUGUGCGGCAUCACUUGGUUACGACAACCAAGCUGUCUCAUGGAUCGGUCUUGGCGCCAAUAUAAACACGGCUCUUGACAACAUCACGCCACUACAGCUGGCAGUUUGCAAUGGCCAUACGCCACUUGUCCAUCUUCUCCUUCAGUAUGAGGGCAUAGAUGUGAACUCGAAGGCAGGAAUUGACCUGGACAGCCCUCUCCUCCUCGCUGCUAGGAGGGGUCACGAGCUCACGGUACAACACCUACUGACUGCGGGAGCUGAUAUAACAUGUGUCACUAGAGACGAGGGAGAGCGGACACCAUUGUACCUCGCCGCCGAGUAUGGACACCAAGCAAUUGUUCGACGCUUAAUUGCCGAUGAAAUACAGAGACACUCCCUCUUGAACCGUCAGAGCUCAUCAGGAAACUCACCACUGAUGAUAGCAUGCAUCAACGGCCAUGGUGAGAUUGCAAAGAUCUUGCUAGAUGCGAAUGCAAAUGUGACACUGCACGAUCACGAUGACAAAACCGUGGCUUAUCACGCCAUCCGCCCACAAGAUGAGGAUUUGGUCAUGGCAAUACUCGAACAUGCUGACUCGGUCGACAAAUUUAAAGACAUUGGCAGCGUAUUUCUCCGAGCGACGGAGUUGGGGUUCGAAAGGGUCAUACGCCAUUGCUUGGGGCCUACCACCACCCAGGAGAACAAGGCCUCUUUGAUGGAAUACCAUGAUCAAGAGAGAGAGGAGGGGAAGAAAGCCCUUCACUAUGCCGCUGAAAACGGACAUGUACGGAUUGCUGAACUCCUGCUCUCUCUGGGAGCAGAAAAGAAUGCAGCAUAUCAGAAUGGGCAAACGCCCCUGGCGCUUGCAGCACAAAACGGAAAGGCAGAUAUCGUCAGACUUCUCCUAAGCAAUGGCGCUGAAGCUGAUGCAAAAAUGCCAUUAGACCUGUCUCAAUUGAUCAGAGACGCCGAAGACUCAACCAGGCACGCCGAAGUGAUACGUGCAUUGCUGGAAGAUACAAAUAUAGACCCCAACUCUACCAGUGAAGAAUGUCCGCACGCUGCUCUUCACUGGGCCGCCCAACUAGGCAAGAUUGAGCUGGUCAAAGCCCUCUUAAAUAGCCAUAAAGUCAACCCCAAGGCCAUAGGUCAAUGGAAGCGGAAUGCCCUCCACUACACGGCAACCGGUGUACAAACAUCGACCGAGAUCGCCGAACUCUUGAUCGAGGCCGGAACAAACCCGCUGGCAUCUGAUAACAAUGGCUGUCUAGCGAUCCAUCUCGCGUCCGAGGCGGGCAACAUUGCACUGCUAGAGCUACUUCUAAAACUCAACCCAGAGACCGUACAAGCCAAGACUCGCGAUGGACGCUCUGUUUUGCAUUUGGGCAUCGAGUCUGCGGAGUGUGUUGAAUGCCUCUUGAAUCACAAGGCUGAUGGGAAUAUUCGAAAUGGCAGCGGUCGCACUCCCCUUAUGGUGGCAGCCACCUUGGGAUUGGACGAGACUGUCAAAGUGCUUCUUCGCUUCGGAUGUAAUGCAGAACUUGCUAUCCGGGGCGGGAGAAAUGCCUUGCAUUUUGCUGCAGAGAGUGGCCAUAUUGGCGUCGGGAGACAACUAUUACAGAAGCACAGAGAAAUCCUGUCGCUCAAAGACGAGGCCAACCUCUCGGCGAUUCACUACGCUAUUCUCAAUUGUGAGGAGGCAUUCGCUGAAAUGCUUUUGGACGACUUUUAUUCGAACGACCAUGCCCUCUUGGGCGAUUUGUGUGCCGUAAUGACCGGAAAGGAAGAAACUCCACUGAUAGUGGCCAUCAAAACGGACCAGACGAAUAUUGUCUGUCGGCUUCUGAAGCUCGGAGUUGACACCGAGCAUCGAGAUGAGGAAGGGCUCACGGCAUUGCUUGCGGCGGUAGAAGGACCGACUGACAUCGGCUUGGAGAUGAUUCGCGCCCUACUGGAUGUCAAGUUGCCGAAUCACGCAGACGCCAACUCUGGAGGCGGUAUUCAUCCUACGGCGCUGUACAAUGCAGCCAAAUACGGCAAAAUGGAGGUGAUUGAGGAGCUGAUCGAAUUAGGGGCACAAGUGAACGCUCAAGGCGGCCAAUACAACACUGCGCUCAGCGCCGCGGCCAUCAAUCGCCACUUUCAUAUUGCUCGGUUUCUUCUCGACUUGAAAGAAGACAAGGCUGACCCAAACCUCCCCGCUGGUGGCUUCGCCAACACUCUCUGCGCGGUGUUGUACUACCAUCCUUCAAGUGAUGACCUCGUCACACCACUCCUCAAUGCAGGCGUCAAAGUCAGUGCCAGGGAUCGCCAGGGGCGCUCGGCCUUCCACAUAGCCGCUCUUCGAGGGUCGUGGGAUACCCUCAAGCAGCUACUCAGCGCUGACCCGAUAGAUGUUAGCCCAGUAGACAACCAAGGUCGUACCUUGUUGCAUUACGCAGCCAUGAGUCGGAAGCUAAGGCCCUUUCUGUAUGUCUUCCAGGACGAACAAACAGGUCGGCAAAGUACUAUGGACUGGCGCGGCGGAAUGAUCAAGGACAAUGAUGGCUGGACGCCCCUGCACUGGGCUUGCCGCCACAAGGGCAACCUUGAUAUUGUGAGGGCUUUCGGGUUGCUGUUUGGGGCGGAUCUUGCCGAGGCCACCAACGAUAACUGGACUCCUGAGAAUAUUGCCAUUUUCCAUGACGUGAGCAACAUUGCUACCUUCAUCCGACAAAGGCAAUUGAACACCGAGAGUCCCGAGAGGGGUUCAGACCCAGAGGGGAAAACCAAGUCCCGCCCCUCACGCUGGAAGAUCGGACACAAGCACUGGGGUAUAGUCUGCGAUGGCUGCCUUUUCGCACCUAUAACUGGGGUGCGGUGGAAGUGUGAGAAUUGCGUCGAUUUUAACUUGUGCUUCAAGUGUUACUGGUCAGCGAAGACCACACAUGAUCCUGAUCACAGCUUCAGGGCGGACCCGGAAGGACAAGGGUCGAGCCGUGAGCCUGAGUAUGAGGAGGAUGGUGAUGAUGGUGCUGAUGAGUGA